AUGACUAACAACGAGGCCGAGUAUGAAGCUAUGAUUGCAGGAUUGAAAUUGGCCCUCAAAUAUGGCACUCGACGACUCGUUCUCCAUUGCGACUCUCAACUCGUGGUGACCCAAGUCACUAGGACUUUCGAAAUCAAAGAACAGAGACUACAAAAGUACCAGUCGGAAAUUCACAAAUUGCCGCCGGAAUUUGAUGAAUGUCGCCUCGACCAAAUACUCAUGGCACAGAAUAUCGAAGCAGACAGUCUCGCCAAACUACCGGUAACCACCAAAAAUAUCAACAAGGAUGGAAUGCUCCCACAAGAUAAGAAAAAAGCCAAAAAGCUUCGAAUACAG